UUGACCACGGUCCUCUGCUCCGCUGCGCUCUGCGUCUGUGGACUUCAGCAGAAGUCAGUAAGAACAUAAAGGCAGCCGAGAAAGAUAAAGAGAGAGAGAAAGGGAGGGAGGGAGGAAGGGAUACAGACAGACGGAUAGAGAGAGAAAUACGCCUCUGUCCUCCAGCACUUCACUGGACUUAGAGCAUUUGGACGGACGCGAUACCUCCUCCUGUUUGAGCGCUGAUCGGGAUACUAAGCACGCAGCCACUGGUUUAUUACACCCUCAGCUUUAUCUCCAUCACCUCUUUCGGUGAGAUUGGCCCACGUCGUGUUUUUUGCGGCAGCAAGAAUUAACAACAGACCCGGAGUCGAGGCGCCAAUCAGUGAAAUUAUUUAUCGACUGGGAAGAUAUAUUUCUACCCAAGAUCUACGUUCUGGGGACUGUAUGAAAGAGCGCAGAAAAGGUUAUUCCUGACUCCUCUGUGCGCUGGAUGUGUACAUAUGCACCUAUAUCGCUACGAGUGGUGAUACGGAAGACAUUGAGCCCAGAGACUUCUCUGGAAAAUCUCUUCCUUCUCCUCAUCACGUCCAUCCAUUGUUCAGUCAGGAUAAGCCACUCGCUGUCCAAAACCCUCUCGGACUAGAACGUCCAACUGCCAUUGAGAUGUGAUUCUCUGGGGUUUCAUUUCAUUUUGACAAAGCAAAAUACACUAUAACAGGCCUGUAUGGUGUCAGGAACACUGAGCUGUGAGAAAAACAGCUCACCACAAGGCUGUCUGGGCUCAGCAGGAAGUACCUCCAUAUCUACUUCCAGGUCAACCUCAGACGUCAUGUGGACCAGAUGCCUGCUCUUCGUCUCGACCUUGUUUGCUCCCAUCGCCAUUGCCUAUGGCCGUGCACCAAUCCCCAUGGCAGUGGUGCGCAGGGAGCUGUCCUGUGAGUCCUACCCCAUUGAGCUGCGCUGCCCAGGCACAGAUGUCAUCAUGAUCGAGAGCGCCAACUAUGGCCGCACUGAUGACAAGAUCUGCGACUCAGACCCCGCCCAGAUGGAGAACACACGGUGCUACCUGCCUGAUGCAUACAAGAUCAUGUCACUCAGAUGCAACAACCGUACCCAGUGUGCAGUGGUAGCUGGGCCUGACGUCUUCCCUGACCCCUGCCCUGGCACAUACAAAUACUUGGAAGUCCAAUAUGAGUGCGUCCCAUACAAAGUAGAACAGAAAGUAUUUCUCUGCCCUGGCAUUCUGCGAGGAGUGUACCAAAGUGAACAUCUCUUUGAGUCAGAUCACCAGUCUGGCGCGUGGUGCAAAGACCCACUGCAGGCCUCAGACAAGAUCUACUACAUGCCCUGGACGCCAUACCGCACAGAUACACUGACAGAGUACUCAUCAAAGGAGGACUUCAUUGCAGGCCGUCCCACCACCACCUACAAACUCCCACAUCGUGUGGAUGGGACUGGUUUUGUCGUCUAUGACGGGGCACUGUUCUUCAACAAGGAGCGCACCCGCAACAUUGUAAAGUUUGACCUGCGCACUCGCAUCAAGAGUGGAGAGGCCAUUAUUGCCAAUGCCAACUACCACGACACCUCGCCAUACCGCUGGGGGGGCAAGUCAGACAUUGACCUAGCGGUGGAUGAGAAUGGACUGUGGGUGAUCUAUGCAACAGAACAGAACAACGGGCGCAUUGUGGUGAGCCAGCUCAACCCCUAUACCCUGCGCAUUGAAGGCUCGUGGGACACCAGCUAUGACAAACGCUCUGCCUCCAAUGCUUUCAUGAUCUGCGGAGUCCUGUACGUGGUCAAAACAGUCUACGAAGAUGACGACAAUGAAGGGACGGGGAACAAAAUUGACUACAUGUACAACACUGAUAAGAGCAAGGAGAUGACGGUUAACAUACCAUUCCCGAAUUCCUACCAGUACAUUGCUGCAGUGGAUUACAACCCAAGAGACAACCUGCUGUACGUGUGGAAUAACUACCACGUGGUCAAGUACUCACUGGACUUUGGCAACAAUGACUAUCGCCCCCCUCCCAUGAUCCCCCCUAACCGAGGAGGCGGAGGAGGAGGAGGAGGAGGAGGUCCAGUGGGUGGUGGAGGUUCCUCCUCUUCAUCUACCAGCCGCACCACCACCACUCGUUCUCCUCCCUACUACACCACCCCACGGCCUCUCCUCACCACCUCCCCUGGCCAGCGCUAUCGGACCACCACCACGGUUCGCCAGCCUGUCCUGGUUCCUGCCGGUGGCUCGUCAUCUGACACCAACCAGAUUCCUGACACCAACCAGAAAGCUGGAGGACGCUCCCCUCCAGUGCAGGUCCCUCCAGCAGCCCCACAGCCUCCUGCCCUGCCUCCCCAAGACUUCUGCAGUCCAAGGGUGACAGCAGAUAUAUCAUGGCCUCGGACACAGCAAGGCCAGACAGCCAAGCAGCCCUGCCCUGUAGGGACACUGGGCGUGGCCACAUACGUGUGCGUGGCCCAUUUUGGCUACUGGGAUCCCCAAGGCCCUGACCUCAGCAAUUGCACGUCGCCCUGGGUCAACCACAUCAUGCAGAAACUCCGUUCGGGCGAGACAGCAGCAAUCGUUGCCAGGGAGCUGGCAGAACAGACCAAAGGGCUUCUGCGUCCUGGCGAUGUGCCAUCCACAGUGCGGGCCAUGGCCCAACUGGUCGAACUGCUGGAUGUCCAGCUCAGGAACCUCACCCCCGGGGGUAAAGACAGCGCUGCCCGCAGCCUCACCAAGCUUCAGAAGAGAGAAAGGUCCUGCAGGUUUUUCACACAGGCUAUGGUGGAGACUGUGAAUAAUUUGCUGCAGCCACGAGCCCAGACAGCGUGGAGAGAGCUGCCCACCAGUGAGCAGCUGCACUCGGCCACUCUGCUCCUCGACACCGUGGAGACUGGGGCUUUUAUGCUAGCUGACAACCUCCUCAAGACUGACAUUGUGCAGGAGACCACUGACAACAUCCAGCUGGAAGUGGCCAGGCUGAGCACGGAUGGGAACCUAGCAGACCUGACAUUCCCUCAGUCAGAACUACAUGGAAACUCCAUCCAGCUGUCAGCCAGCACUCUCAAGCAGCACGGCAGAAACGGCGAGAUCAGGAUGGCCUUUGUCCUGUACAGGAACUUGGGUUCCUACCUGUCCACAGAGAAUGCAAGCGUUAGACUGAGCAGCGAGGCGGUCUACCCUAAUUACUCUGUUAUCGUCAACUCCCCGGUCAUCACAGCAUCCAUUAACAAGGAGAGCAAUAAGGUUUACCUGUCUGAGCCUGUGGUCUUCACUGUCAAACACCUGCAGCAUUCGGAAGAGAACUUCAAUCCCAACUGUUCAUUCUGGAGCUACUCCAAGCGCACCAUGACGGGAUUCUGGUCUACACAGGACUGUCGUCUGCUGGGCACCAAUCGCACACACACCAGCUGCUCCUGCACACACCUCACCAGCUUUGCAGUGCUCAUGGCCCAUGUGAAGGUCAAGAAAGCAGACAGCAUGCACGACCUGCUCCUGGACGUCAUCACAUGGGUGGGGAUCCUGUUGUCGCUGGUUUGCCUUCUUAUCUGCAUCUUCACCUUUUGCUUCUUCCGCGGGCUGCAAAGUGACCGCAACACCAUCCACAAGAACCUCUGUAUCAGCCUCUUCAUCGCUGAGUCACUGUUCCUGGUCGGGAUCAACAGGGCCGAUCAGCCGAUUGCCUGUGCAGUUUUCGCGGCCUUGCUCCAUUUCUUCUUCUUGGCAGCCUUCACCUGGAUGUUCCUGGAAGGGGUGCAGCUCUACAUCAUGCUGGUAGAGGUGUUUGAGAGCGAACACUCCAGGACUAAGUAUUUCUACCUGGCAGGAUAUGGAGUGCCUGCUGUCAUAGUGGCCGUCUCCGCUGCAGUGGACUACAGGAGCUACGGCACCGACCGAGUGUGCUGGCUGCGAUUGGAUACAUACUUUAUUUGGAGCUUUAUAGGCCCUGCUACACUCAUCAUUAUGCUGAAUGUAAUCUUCCUCGGUAUCGCUCUUUAUAAGAUGUUCCAUCAUACGGCCAUUCUCAAACCAGACUCUGGAUGUCUGGACAACAUCAAGUCUUGGGUGAUCGGGGCCAUAGCCCUGCUGUGUCUGCUGGGCCUGACCUGGGCUUUCGGCCUGAUGUACAUCAACGAGAGCACCGUCAUCAUGGCCUACCUUUUCACCAUCUUCAACUCCCUGCAGGGCAUGUUCAUCUUCAUCUUUCACUGCAUCCUGCAGAAGAAGGUGCGUAAAGAAUACGGCAAAUGUCUGCGUACUCACUGCUGCAGCGGCAAGAGUGUGGAGACGUCUAUCUCCUCCUCCAGUAAGACCACCACUUCACGGACCCCAGGCCGCUACUCCACAGGCUCACAGGUGAGCUUACCUGCCUGCACACCUGGACGCUACAGCACAGCAGACUCUCAGAGUCGUAUCAGGCGGAUGUGGAAUGACACUGUGAGGAAACAGGAGUCUUCCUUCAUCACUGGAGACAUCAACAGCUCCGCCACGCUCAACAGAGGAGCCAUGGCUAAUCAUCUUAUAACUAAUGCUCUCCUUCGUCCCCAUGGUACUAACAAUCCUUAUAACACUCUCCUGGGGGACUCGGCAGUCUAUAACAACCCAGCCGUGGGCAUGUACAACACCCAAGCACCUUACCGAGAUACAAAGGGCAUCCUGAACAACGCAAGAGACUCCAGCGUUAUGGAUACACUCCCUCUUAAUGGUAACCAUGCCAACAACUACAGCAUGGCCAGCAGUGAGUACCUGAGUGACUGCGUCCAGAUUCUAGACCGUAGUGGCGGCUAUGGCACCCACAGCAACCACAAGGAGACGACCCUGGAGAAGAAGAUCCUCAAGGAGCUGACCUCCAAUUACAUCCCAUCCUACCUCAACAACCAUGAGAGAGCUAACACCGAGCGCAAUCACAACCUGAUGAACAAGCUGGUCAACAGCAGCAUGGCCAAUGGAGGGAGCAUGGCAGGAGGCAGCAGCAGCAGCAGCAGCAGUGGAGUUGGUGGGUGUGUGGGCAGUGGUAAAGAGGACAAUGGGCCCAUGGUGCUAGACAACCCUGCAGCCUUCCCCCAUGAGGAGAACCUGGGUUUGGAGAUUAUCAGAGAGGAAUCCAACGCUCCGCUUCUGCCGCCACGGCCUCCUCCACCAGACAGCCACCCCCCACCUCCACCACCCCCCCACAGCUUCUCCCGGCCACGGCGCAUUCCCCAGGAGACCAGUGAGAGCUUCUUCCCCCUGCUGACCAACGAGCACACUGACGAGCACACACAUUCGCCCAACCACAGAGACUCACUGUACACCAGCAUGCCAGUACUGACGGACCUUCAGGAUGGGCAGAUGAAUGGCUUAACAGACGGAGAGGAAGACAGCUCUGGGGAGCUGCAGCCCUGUAAGAGUGCCACUGCUCCGGAGCUGGAUGACGUCUAUUAUAAGAGCAUGCCAAACUUGGGUUCCAGGAAUCACCUCCACGAGCUACAGAGCUACUACCACAUGGGCCGUGGUGGCAGUGAUGGAUACAUGGUGUCCGGCAACAAGGAAGAGUCCGAUUCGUCGCCUGAGGAGCCACCCAUAGACCCUUCCCACCUGGUUACCAGUCUAUAGAGCCAAUCAAGAGACUUCUAUCCCUCCCCAGCCCACUCUCACACUUCCAACUUUCCAAUGAAAACAUUCUGUGGUGUUGACUGACUGGAUUGAUGUACUGUGUGUGACAUUAACUAUGGUUCAUGACAAUAUGGUUGAGAUAUCGCUGGUCAAACGAAAGCAGGGACUGAACGUAUUGUCAUAAAUGGUGCAGGCUGAAAGGGCAGUUCUGAGAGACUUUUUGUGAACAUCAAACAGGAAUGAAACUUUUAACCUGGAAAAGAGAGGAAGGGGGAGGGAUGCUGUAAUUUUACCCUACCUGUUACUUUAAUUUGGAAUCUUGGAUUGACCGAAGCCCUACAAGUUCCCCAAUAUGGACCUCUAGCAGAUCAUAGCAUAUAGUCUCCACUACCACCACUACAGGGGCGUGGCCCCCAGCCCUGGUUAAAGGAGCUGCCUGUCUGUUUGUCUGUAUGUCUGUCUCUCUGUCUCACUCUUAAAGACACUGGGUUCUGGGAUAAUGUUUCCACCUCUCCAAAGGGUAAAGCAGGAUAUUAAACUCUGGUGUUCACAACAUAAACUGGUCUUAAAGAGGCCCCGCCCCACUACCUGCCAAUCAAGUGGAGGAUGUAUGAUAUAUGCCCUCACUACUGAUCAUCCCAAAAACUAUUUUAUUGGGCAACCGAACUGUGACCAUAUCACGCUGAUGUUCUGAAUUCUCUUCCUGUUCGUAUCUGCUAAACUGGAGUUGUGUCUGGGCUGGUGUAACAUUCCUGCAAGUUGUAGUGACUGCGGCUACUGUGUAUUUCACUGAAAACAAAGGAAGAUCAUAUUACAACAGACUGAAUUUAAAAAUAGAAUGGGUUCUGUUUCUUCUCCUUUCUUCUGUAAAAGUUUUCAGUUAUCAAAGGAUUAUAAAGAAAUCACAAACUGUUUCUAUGUAUUGUACAGAAUACAGAUACAAAUACAAAUGUUGCAUAUGACCAAGUCUGUUAUUUUUAAUUUUAUGUUGCAAACCUUUUGUCUGUGGAACUGUUCUGAAAUGUCAAUGAUAUGUUCUGGUCACGUGUAGACUACAGAACGAGCAAGGAACAAUCUUUCAUGUCACUCUUUCGUAAAUACAGAGACAGUUAAGCACUCCUUAAUUAAUACACAUAUACCCUACGCACACUUCAUUCUGGUCCUUUUAUAGCAACACCACUGUCACUUACAUUUUGCAAAUCAAUUGUUACUAUAUACUUUACCACUGUGUAGAUUUAAAACUAAAGAGAAAAUGAAGUGGCACAAUUAUGAAAGAGACCGUUAUUAUGGAAAUGCUACGUUUUAGUGUUUGCUGGAAGUGGGUCUCAUCUCAUUUGUUCUUGAAUAAAGCAUUCCUUCCUUUAGGCACAAAAAGGAGCCUGGGUGAAAAAAGCAAAGAUACCAGAUAUUUGGAGUAUCACAAGAAUGAUUUAUGAAACAUAUCCUCUCUAUUGCCAAAUAUUCUACCAAUUGACAUCACCUUGCUGUGCUGGUUGAGAUCUUAUUGUACAAAAAAAGUAUGCUGAGAAUAAUAAAUUCUCUAAACUAAAAAAAAGUGAAGAGAAUUUCCACUAUUUGAAAAAGGGUGGGUCUAACCUGUGAAAUGCCAAGAUUACAUUACUGAAGAUCUGAAAACUCUGCACACAGCAGCACUGUCCAAUGUGGAAAGCCAAUGUUUACUUAUUUGGGAGGAAAAUUUCACAAGUCUAUGAAGUGUAGCUUGCACAUGUGUCCCACAAGCCCCCUCCAUGUCCCAGAGAAAGAAAUUAUUUAUUUAUCUGUUUAUUGGUUUAAAGACAGCAAAACAAGCUUAGAGGAAAGAAAGCUGGCUUUAGGCAGGAAUAAAUAAAGUGGCACUGGGUUUGUUUUAUGGUUCUUUUAUUAAAUUAUUAUGAUCAUGAUUAUUAUUACAAUAUUAUUGCUAAUUAUUUAUUAUUUUUGUAUGGGUUCCAAGUUGAAUGAUCUCAUAACUAAUAUUUGUUGUAACAGUGAAAGUUGUUUGCCAACAAAUAAAUUACUGACAUAG